UGAUUUUCUUGAAAGCUAAUGACAAGUGGCAACUUACGAUCAACGAUGUGAAUCAUAUGUACAUAAUGUUACUCUUAAAAUUGCCCAUGAAACUUGGAAAUGUGCGGUAGAUAUACAUUGGAAAUGACCAAACCACCCUUAUUAAGUUAAUAUGGCUUAUUUAUUUGUCUUUGCUAUCCUCUCGAAGAACAACAGGAACAAGGAUGAUACCGCAGCAGUGGGCGUCUCCAUGUGGAAACCAAUGUACCAAUAAAUACGCUGCCCUUACAAAAAUCCCAUGGCGAGUGUUCUGCAAAAAGGGCUGUAAUUCGGAUGGAGAGACAUGGGAAGAAUGUUUGGAGGACUGCAAUCAAAUAUGCUACAAGGAUCCUGUACUAAAGGACCAGCAGUGGACUGCUUAUAUUGAUCGUUCCCCUGGAGCUGCCAGUUAUUCAGAGGAAUGUUUUCAUGCUUGUGUAUCUGGCUGCGGUUACAAGUUUGAGGUUAAAUCAGAGGAAGCUGAUAAAGUUUGUCCUAACAGGCAACCAAAGCCUAAGACUGAGUCUCUUCAGAAGCCGAAGAAGUCAUAACAUGUAUAACCCCCACUGACCCACAUCAUCAUAUGCCUCCUACUUCCGCAUAGUCAAACACAACCUAAAUUUAUUAUAAAAAAAUGGUAUUCUUAACCAUUCUUUUUUGGUUAUAUUUUCACAGGAAUUUAUAUAUGUUGUUUAAAAUCUUACAUCUAGCUUUGUAUCAGCAUGAUUUAGUUUCAUUUUGUGGUCAACAGCAUCACCGUUCAUGCCUUUCUGCCUUGUGAUUUUGGAAGUCUCAUAACACUGAAUACUGGAAAUUUUUGGUAGCUGGGUAAUUAUAGUGUAACUGCGACAUUCAUGAUUUUAUCAGAGAAAGUUGAUGACCUAUAUUGUUAUUUAUAUGAUUACUUAAGUAAUUAAGUU